UGAAACAUUUGAAAAACCAUUUCUUUUAUGUUUUUUUUUAAGAAACCAUUUUUACAAGUACUUUUUGGUUGAACAAACAUUUUUAAAAGCUUUGAGUGAGUUCCCACUUCCCACCUAUGUAUUUCACCCAAAAAAGAAAGUUCCCACCUAUGUAGGCCUUAUCUUUCUUUCAAAAAAGAUUCAAAUUUUACAAAGUAUGCAUAUUUAUUCCGGUACAGGUGCGAUUUUGAAAUCCAAUGUCUCCCCGGUGAGAACUCUGACCCAUUUCAGGUCAUCUGCCCCGACCCUGAUGGGAUCUUGGGCUACUCUCUAGCUCUUUGUACUGUGUUAGCGGUGGCGGCGAAGCUACAUUGGGGCUAGUGUUCAAAGUUCAUUCAAAUUUGCAUCUAAUGGAAUCGCUCCCUGAUGCAUUGGUACACACUAUAUUAUUGUCAUACAUGAAUAAUGCCCGAGAUGUUGCAAUUUGUAACUGUGUAUCUAAGUGUUGGAAGGAUGUUAUGCCUUAUAUUAGUAGGCUCUACUUCCCUCGCAAUUGUUUUGAUAAUCUUUCGGGUAGUGACAGUCCUGAUGAAAUUGUUUUGAGGAUGGUUUCUUCGAUUGAAAGGUUAGAAGAGCUUGUUGUUUAUAGUCCAUUCUCAGGUGCUGGCCUCUCCUCGUGGCUAUCCGUAAUGGGUUCCUCUCUUAGGCAGCUUGAGCUUCGGAUGGACAAUCUAACUGAACUGCAGGGUUGUCUUGAAAGCCCCUUUAAGUUGGAUUGUAUAAGCUUUGCAAAGAAUUUGGAAUCUCUUAAACUUUGGGGUGUCUUAAUAACCCAAUCUCCCAAGUGGGAAGUCUUUCAAAAACUUAAAAACCUUGAAAUUGUUGGUGCAAGAUUGGACGACCUAGCAUUGUCUGCACUGCUAACAAUGUGUCCUUAUUUGACCAAUUUGCUGCUGCUUGGUUGUGAAGGAGUUAGAUCUGUAUCAAUUGAUUUGCAAUAUUUAGAGCGGUGCAAGCUUGAUUUUUAUGGCUUCGGUAACUGCUCAUUUUCAAUGAACUCUCCAAAAAUUGAAGUUCUUGAGGUGCAAGGUUGUAGUUGGAUCCGGGUUCGGGGGACAGAGUACUUGAAGAACCUCUCCAUUGCCAACAAUGCAGGGAGAGUCUACAUGGUUGAUUUUGGAAAGCUUGUGGCUCUGGAGUUCUUAUCCAUUAGAGGAGUCCAGUGGUGUUGGGAUGCAAUAUGCAAUAUGCUUCAAUGGGCAAGCGAGGUGAAGCACUUGUUUAUGAAAGUCGAAUUCACGGGAGAUUUUGAAGUUCUUCAACCCUUUCCAGAGUUUGAUUUUGUUGAGUUCUUCAACAACCAUCCAAAGCUUCAAAAGUUUGACAUUCAUGGAGCCAUGUUCGCAGCUCUUUGUCAAAAAAACAGCUUGAAAAGGAUUAAUAGGGGCUUUGUAAUUCCAUGUUUGGAGGAAGUGGCCAUCACAAUUCGAUCGCCAUUGAAUGCUGAGCAGAAAAUGAGCACACUAGAGUCGUUUAUAAAGUUUGGGAAAUAUCUAAAGGCAAUGACAAUAAAGAUUCUUCAGAUGAAGAGCAAUCACAGCAGUGCAGAUGAUUUUUUUGAUGAGAUAUGCAGGUUUAGAUACAUGAACCGGAAGAUUGUUCGAAUUGAAUAACGGCUCAUUAAAUCUAAUUCCAUGUUCAAUUUAUCAUUCAAUUUCAAGUUUUACCUAAUUUUUCAAAUCACUAAUCAACUGAACUACUAAUUUGGUUCAAUUUAAAUUCAUAAUUGUUGUUUCCCCCCUUAAUCUCUUGAGAUUGGUGACAAGCAAGUAGUCACCUUGCAACUGUUCUACUACGUGGAAAAAGUGUACACCUUAAACAAAGGCAUAGCUUUAUGGAAAAUUUUAA